UAUACUUUGAGUCUAUAUUUUGUUAUCCUAUAUAUUUUCAGGGGCAACAAAAGAACUGGGAACCGCCCUGACCAGACUCUGUAUGAGACACAAAUCUAUUGAAUCCAAGCUGAAAAAAUUCACAGGAUCAAUUUUAGAUAAUCUAGUCAACCCAUUACAAGAAUGUAUGGAAGAUUGGAAGAAAACCGUGGUACAGUUAGACAAGGAACAUGCAAAAGAUUACAAACGAGCCAAACAGGAUAUCAAGAAGUGUGCUGCAGAUACUGUCCGUCUUCAAAAGAAGGUCAAGAAAGCUGCAGCGAAUGGAUCAGUUCCCACUUCACCACUCUGGUUUGACGAAGGCAAGCAGGAUAUGCAGAGUAGAUUGGACAAUGCGAUGCAGGAAGUGAAUGAGAAAUACAUCCUCCUAGAGGAUCAAGAGAAGAAGUCGGUCCGUACAGCCCUCGUGGAGGAGAGGGGAAGAUUCUGCCAUUUUGUUGCCUGCCUGAAGCCAUUUGUAGAUGAAGAAGUAGGUUUAUUAACAGAGGUGACCCAUUUACAAGAGAUUAUGGACAUUCUAUGUCUGCAGGCGGACAGUCCUCAAACAUUACCAGCAUCUAGUGAACAGGUGAUUCUAGAUCUCAAAGGGGAGGAUGCUGGCUCUUUUAAAUUCCAGAAAUAUUUGUCCAUUCCAAAGAUACGUGUUUGGUCUAAGACACCACCUAGUUCACCAAGCUCCCUUGGUUCCAGAAAGUCGAGCAUGUGCAGUAUCAAUAGUAUUGCGAGUUCGAGCAGCGGAUCAGCACAGUCCCACAGUCCAUGCCAUAAUAAAACUAUACAACAGCAACAAGCUCAGUUGUUGGGAUCAGGCGUACGCUUGACUAGCGUAUCAUCACAGGACUCAGGAUUUACAUCACAAGAUACCUUGUUCCUGCGGCCGACCACACCCUCCUCCCUCAGCUUACAAACCCAGACUGCUGACAAUAACAGUCAAGAUGCCGACACGCCAGAAGUCGAGUCGACGCCUUCCACUCCGUCAGAAAGCUACCCAAAUACACCAUCAGCCACUUCAACAUGGACUAACUGGCCAAAUCCACCAAACAUAGGUGGCAAGUCUGAGCCAGGUCGCCCACACACGAUAUCUUCAGCGUACGAGAAGUCCCAUUCGAGACCGGCUUUGUCGGCACAGUUGUUCGAGCCUCCACAACAGGGUUCUUUAGAGAGUACAAGACCGGAAGAUCAACAUGACGCUACUGUGAUUAAACGGGAACGACCUCAUAGCACGAUGUCUGUGCCAUAUUCUAGACAGUCUGCUUCCAUCAACAAAAUGCAGCCGGUGUUACCACCUCUUGGUCCCAAGCCCAAAUCUCGGGCAGUUGCACCACCUAAAGUACCACCAUCUAUAGGUGAGCAGCCAGUAUAUGCAAAUUUGAACGAGUUGAAUGUACAGAUACAGAGUCAGGGCGGGGACAGUGAUACAGAUAAAACCCCGACCACCAGGGACCCGCCCUUCGAGCCAAACACGCCCAGUCCCAAGGUAGAAAGACCACAGUUGGAUGGAAUGGACUUAACGGAGGCUAUACGCGACCUUGAUAAUUACACAGCUGCUCUGCACGGCGAUUUCACUCCUGGCGAUCGGAAAUCUAAGAUACAACAGAAUUCUUUAGAGCUUGCUGCAGCUAUUAAAGAAUUAGAAGCGAGCACGGCUGCUCUAGAAAGUUCGUACACAGACAAUACCCAAGCCAGCCAAUCGUCUCUGAACAGUUCUAGUGGUUACGGAACGAUGAACAGUACACCGGCAAUAUCAGAGGACACCAUAGCUAGUGGUGAUUACUUUGACACAGGUCAGUCUGACUAUGGUAGACAAGAAAAAGAGAAAUAUUUCACAAUCCCGCGAAAUAGCCCUGUCAUAAAGGCUGCUUUCCAGUUUAAACGUCCGGCAUCCACUGCAGGUAUUCCUGUAUCUGCCCAAGGGGGACAACUUACACGUCGGAGUUCACUCAACGCACCUAAACCUCCGCCUCCCGUCAGACGUUCCUCGUCUAUCACCAGUGCCCCUAAUUCAACAGUAUUACAGAAAUUCCGGAACUCUCCUCCACGGCAACUGAAUACACAGACUGGUACCAAUGCUCAACACCCGCCACAAGUUAGUGCUAAACCGGUUAAUCCGCAAAAUUCGGCGAACCAUCGGAGAAGCAGAAGUGCGAGUGGAUCGUCUAAUCCUGAGCAUGCUUAUGCUGAGCUUUCAGAAAUACAACAGAGCAUUCAGGCUCGGCAUCAACAAGAAUUGAAUAGACAAAAUCAGGGGGGACAAUACAGUUACGGUCCUGGUGCAGUUUCAGCCCCUGUAACUCCACAGUAUGCUCAGCCUGUGACAACACCGAACUAUCCAAUAGGCAAUAGUAAUGUCGUAAAUAGUUUAAAUGCCAAAUUUGUUUCAAUGAAUAGUCAGCAAUCUUCACAUAGUCAGCCUGUGACUCAAUAUAGUACGAAAAGUCAGUCAAACUGUAUGAACGUUACUCAGCAAGGAGCGGGUCAAAAUAGCGCUGGUGCGGGAGAUUUCCCGGAUCUUCCCCCUCCACCCUCGGAGGCUGAACUCAUGGAGAUGGAGAAAGUUUACAGUGUGCCAAACCAAAAUAUACAACAGACACAAGCUUACAAUGUGCAGACUUCACAUAAUGUACAAAUGAGAAAUCAGACUCAGAAUGUGAAUCCAAUGGCGGGAAUUGACAUGCGGCAGUCAUUAAUUUCUGAAAUGAAAUCGGGAAAUAAAUUUCGUAAAAUGUCAUCUAGUGAGAGUGACUCCCAGUGCUGAUAAUGUGUAGUUUUGAAGUUUGAAUAGUUAGUUAAGAAAGUGAAUUUUAGGUUACCUGUAAUAUAUAAAGUUUUAGAUGUUUAUUUAUAGUAACAGACUUGAAUUCAAAUUUUUUCCGGAGCAAGUACUCAAUGAAAUGAAAAUCAAUGAAACAAAGUUCAUUUUGAUUAUGUAAAUUUCCUUGAUGGUUUAGGGUAUUAAUUUUUUUAGAUCUAAAUGAAAAUUAAAAAAAAAAAAUUAUUCCUGUAAGAUGUGUGGCAUAAAUUUACGUUCUUUGCUAUGUACCAUCUAUAACUCUAUAUAUUACAAUAACUGCAUUUGCUUUCUUAUUAGAGAAGUUAAGAGAUUGCUUAUGUGUUAAGAUAAUAUUGCUGGAACAUUUAAUGAUAUUGCUCGCUUAUUACAUACAGUACGGUACCGUAAAAAUAUGUUUUCAGUAUCAUCUGAACGUUUAAUAACACCAUUACGGUAAAGGUGUUAUUGGUGAUAAAUUUGUACAUGUUUUUAAUUUUGUUUAUUAUUUGAUUGUAAAUAUAUGCUUUUAAAACACACCAGUGGUAGAAAUAACGAAUGUUUAACAUUUUGUUUAGUGAGCUUUUAUGUUUUUAGACACCGAUAUUUUAUGGCUCAGUAAGUAAGAAUGGUUUGUUUGUUUUUAGUACCAAAUAUUAUUUAUUAUUUUUAUUGCUUUAUUUAUCAUAUCUAAUCACUGAAAUCCAGCUGUUUUAAAUUCUGUUACAACACGCAUGACAUCUUGUGUCUUACAAUUUUUUGUUUCUAAAUUUUACGACUAGUGAACGACUAAUGAAAUUUCUAUUUUGAAAUAUUUUAUCUAGUAAAGAAAUUUUCACAGAGUUGUUUCAACAGAUUUUUUUUAUGUCUGUUUAAAUUUGUUUUGAAAUGUUAUAUUAAGAAGCAGGAAGAAAACAAAAGUGCCAUUUUACAGGCAGUUCUGUUGUUCUAAAUACAUUAUGAGUGGUUUAAAAAAAAGAUGUUGUCUUAAAAUGCUUUAACUUUGGCUCCAGUCACUCUUUUGUUCCUAUAAGAGAUGUUAUAAAUAUGAUUAAAUAGUCUAUACGUGCAUCUAAUAAUAAAAACUGUGAAUUGAAUUAAAACUGUAGGCAACUGGUAGUACAGCUAUGAAUGGUCAUAAUGCUAAUGUAUAAAGGUCAUAGUCAACUGAAAUGUAUCCGUCGAUUUUCAAAUCAGAAAAAAAAAAGAACUGUAAGGCACAAGAUAUCAGAUUAUAGUUGUAAUAUUUGAAAUUUUAGUGGAUUAGAUUAACAUGCUGUUUUGCGAUGUUGCUAUAGAGACGGUUAAAGUCAUGUGGUGUUACUGUAAACAUAAUGUUUUAAUGAUCCUCAGAAAUUUUUAAACGGAAUCUCAACUUGUAUUAUUCAAGCAUUUCAUCAUGGUAUACAGGAUUUUCAUUAUUUUCAUCAGAUUUUUAACUUGUUGAAGGUUCUGCCUGUUUGUAUUUAUCUGGAAGUUCUAGAAAGUCUUUCUAUGAUCGGAACAAUAUGCUUCUUAUACUUCGGUGAUUUUUUUGGAUUUAACUCAAUACAGGAUUGGAGCAGUACCUCUAGACGCUUGCAGAAAUCAUCACAAAAUAGACAAAUAUCGUUUUUUUUUUCCGCCGAUUUUUAUAUUUUUCAUUCAUUAUCAUACAUAAAUCGGUGUGAAAAGAUGAAUUAGACCUAUUUAAGUUCAUUCUGUUGGGUAAAAAGCCAAGAUUUUAGCAUUUUAUGAUUCAAGCGCCUUGUCUGGUAAAUACGGGAAUACGGUUUUUAGUGUGGUGCUCCAAUCCUUUUUUAGUCUCACUCGAUUUUUUUUCAAUGAAAUAUAUACCAGUUGCCAGUUUGUCAUUCUGUCGCACACACAUAAGUUUUUUCUCUCUGAGCACCAUUGUUCAUUGACUGAUGUCUUAGACAUUUGGUGAGUAAGUACCUGUCUUGGAGCUUUAUCCUUAGGCAAGCUUUCAGUUGAAUAGGUUCAGGUCAAGGACAUUGAGGUUAAAAAUAGAUUUUCCUUCCUAUCGUGAUUGUACGGUUAUGUAUUUAGCAUUUUCAAAGGAAUAAUAAGGAGCAUAAAUUGUCUUGCUUUCCUCAGAAAUUGAAACACAACAUUGGUGAAUUUGAUGGUAUAGAAUAAACAAUAGAAUGAAUAUUUAAAAUAAGCAUCCUAAACGUACAUUAAAAUGUCGGUGAUUAUUAUGUAUUUCAAUCAUUGUGCCAUAACUGCUGAUAGCAUGUUGAAAUAACAGUCUUUAUUUUGAUCAGCUGUAACCCCUUGCCAUUGAUUGUAGUCUUCAAAUUCUUAAGAUAAAACAUGUAGAACAAUAUACAUGUACUUCUACCUUCUAUUUGUUAUUUUCUGUUUCCAGAAAUUUUACACUGACAAAAUUCUCUUUAUAGUAAUAUUAUGUUCUUGUCUUCAAUUUAGGUCAAGUUUUAGUCUGUAACAGUAGGUACAUGAAAUUUGAGAGCAUAUUUGUAUCAAAUUUUAUCUUUGUGACAUUUUUGUGUUAAACUAAACUAAUUAGACUGAAGCAGUACGCCAUGGUGAACUUUUUAGGGGAAUAUUUCCAAAACUAGUUUUUUAUUGACCUAUUUUCAUUACAGCUUGACAAGAAGGUUUCAUGAGAGCUUUGGUCAUUUGAAAAUAUGAUAUUAUUUUGUUUGAAAAUAUUAAAUAAAUUCAUCGAAUUCUGUAUGUCAGAGUGGUUUGGCUUGCAAUCUAUAAAUAAAGCCUGAAAUUAACCAAAAAAAGAGGAAAAUGCUGCAAGAUUUCUGAGAAGCUAAAGUAGGCUAUGUUUAAAUGUGCUAAAUUUCCAUACUGCAUUCUACUCCACAAACUCCUCAGUGAUUACCUCCCUUGGCAGAUCUAAUAAGGGGAGAUCACUGUGUAGGAUAUUGUCUUCUCCAGUCUUUUAAGUUAUAACUGUUAGGUCACAUCUUGAUGAGCCUAUUAUAAACUCAUUAUUCAUAGAUUGAAGAUUAAUUUUACAACAUUAAGUAGUACAUCAGUUCUGGACCAAACAAAUUUACAGUUUUAUUUAUUUUUCUAGGCGUUUGUUUCCCUUUUACUUUAAUUUUGAAUUACAUGCAUAUCUUUCAAAACAAAUGAGCCACGUCACAACAAAACCAACAUAGUGCGUUUGGGACCAGCCUACCAUUAUAACAAGUAGAGAAACUGAUAGCGAACAGCAUGGAUCCUGAUCAGACUGCGCGGAUUACAAAAGCACUAUGUUGGUUUUGUCGUGACGCGGCUCAAAAAAACAAUGUUCUCUCUUAUAUUCCAGAAUGAUCAUUUUUGAUGUCACUUUUAUUUUGUACUGUGUGUUAUUUUCUAGUCAUUUUACUGCACUUGCUAAAUCAAUAAUAUCAAACAUCAUAUAUGUCAUUGAAUUAUAAAUUUGACCUUUUACCUAUCAACUUGUGACCGAUUCCUGUGCUUUUUUUACAUGCUUGCAUUUUUUAAACAAUUUUUUAAAGGCAUAUUUUAAUUUUGAUCUUGUUUGGUAAAUAUAAAAGUCGUGUGUUUUGCAUGUUUUCAAAAUAAUGAAUUUGCCUUAUUUUGAGUUUAUAUAUUUUUACUUAAAUUACAGAAAUAAUUUUUGAAAGUAAAAUAUUGUAAAUCAGUAAAAGCUGUUUUUUUUCUUUUAACAAAAUUUUAGAACAUGUGUACUAUUUAUAGAAUUCUUUUCUAUUUUUAGAACACUGCUCUAUUUAUAGAAUCAUGAUUAUAAUUUUUGUUUCAUUUAUUUAAUUCAUUUAAUCUUACAUCACUACAGGCAUAGUGUCAUUUUUCAUUUCUUGUGUGUAUGCAAAGUAAUGCUUGUUAAAGAAGAUGGUGCAACUCUAGCUUGUGCAAUUCUUGUAUAUUGUAAUCAUUUCAUGUAUUUGUUCUGUUUAAAAUAUGAUUUACUUACCUAUAUUGAUUGGUUUUUUGUUCACUUUUAGGUAAAAGUUUAGAAAUCUGUCAAGAUUUGGAUAGAACCUUCUUUUGAAUGGUUGAUUACUAUUAUUUUAUGAAUAUUUUGUGGUAAAAACCAAAGAUUUUAUUUCUUGAAAUUAUGGUAGUAUAGUUAAACUUUAGGCUAACAUAAUGCCUAUUACUUUUUAAGAAAAUUGUUUUUAUAUUUUAUACAUGUUUCCACAAACUAUGAUAUAUAACAUACACAGGCAUAGGCUAAACCCAAAAUGGCAAUUGAUUUAGAGUACCUAAAAUUGAAUAAAUGCAUUGAUACCUCAUGUGUAUUUAUCAUAAGUAAGCCAUUUCAGUGUGAUAACACAUCUCAUAAUCUUAUGUCAUUUAUGCUUUGAUUACACAUUAAAUAUGUCCUAUGUAGUGACUGUUUUACCAAUUACCUGCUGGAACUAGAAGUGAUAAGUCUUUGCCAGCAGUAUAAAGCCAGGCCAGCCUGUACUGCGCAUUCUGACCAGGCUCUAUACUGUUGGCUGACUUACUUUGAAUUUUAAUCCUGAUUUCACUAAAAUUGACAAUGGAUACUUCUAAAAAUGGAAGACGGACAAGUCCAUUAAAAAAUUCAGCAGUUUAAGGGUUUAGGUCAUAGCUUUAUAUCAUACUGUGGUGGUAUAUGGGACAUUUCUCAAAGCUUGGCUAGAUUCUUUACAGCAAAGACAAGGAAAAUAAUACACAAUAGUGAUUUCAAAGAGAAAUCUUAUUUUCUAUUCCUUGUUACAUAGGUCAUUAUUAUUCCUUUUAAUACAUGUACACAGUCCUUGUAAGUAAAUAUUCUCUAUUGAGAGAAAAUUUUGAUAAGAAAACAAGGAGCACAGUAAGAACCUGUGAGUAAGAAUAUAAGGAAAUGGUGUGUUAGGGCUUUGGUACAUUUAUAUUUCGGAACUACUUUUUUUCGCUCAAGAAACCACAAAGUGUAACAAGGCCUGUUUGUAACACAGUACAUGUUUGUAUGUUACAUAUUACAUGACAAAUACAUGUUUAAAUAUACAAUGUGAUACAAUAUACAAGGCUGAAUGGUUUUGAAAGUACCUUUAAACAUUUGAAAAUUUGCAUUAAUGUUACAUACAUACUGAUAUUACAAAUUGUAGAAAUUGCACAUUAUUAGUAUUGAAUGCGUAAUAAGUAUGUGGAAAAUUGAGCUCCACUUUAUUUAAGGGUAAGUUGAAAUUAUAGUUGCACCAUAAUUUAGCCUCAGCAUGAGGAAUAUACGUGUUAUGCACAGCUAUUUAAGCUUAAAAAUGUUUCAUUUCUAUCAAUAUUUAGACAAAAUAUCUUGCCUUCAGUAUCUCUGGUCUCAUUUAUGUAUCUGCCGUAAAUUAUAGUCGAUGCUUGAACAUUUAAUGUAUCAAGUUAUAUCAUAGAAUAACUGUUGAAUGCAAGAUUACAAUGAUAUAUGUUUUGCCCUCAUUUUAUGAUACUUUUGAAUUAAUAGUUUGCCUUUGUUUUGAGUUUUAAAUCAUUAUCAUCAGUAGAUUGGAAAAAGAGAUGAAAUAGUAUCAGUGUAUUAGAAAAUAAAUAAGUGAUAUUAUGCAUAGUAUUUAAAAUAUUAUGACUAAAAUGCACAAAAAUGCUUUCUUGUAGUUUUUAUGCAGUGGAGGCAUUGUAUUAAAGAAAAGAUGUCCAGUCUAAAUCAAUCUCAUGAUAGAGACUGGUUUUGAAAGUUGACAUUUAUCCAAAUUUAUCCCUAAAUUUAAGAUGGCGACCAGUCUGGUUAUUCACUAUUUUGAUUGGCUUAUUUAAACAUAAAAUUUUACACAUCCAAUCAAAUUGCAGGAGUUUUAGACUGGUUUACUGUAUCAAAUCUUGAUGAAUUUUUGUUUUAUUGAUAAAAAGAAAAAGAAUAAUGUCAGAUUGUACCGGUAAGUAAAAUAUGUUUAUUUAAGCUACAAGUAUUCCCAUUAAGCACAUAGUGUAAGCUUUAUUAGAAAAUAGUAAUAUAGAAAGUUAAAUGGACAUAUUAUUUAGUUAUAAACUGUGUACUGUAAUUAUCUGUUGUCAAAACUUGUUCUGGUAUAUUAUAGUCAGAAAUGAGUUUUAUAACCAGUAAAAUUGUGAAGGAGUUUUAACACCAUCCUUGACAUUCUGUACUAGAAAAAGAACAAGAAUUCUUGUAUGAACAUCUUUUCCAUGUCGCUUGUAAGGGCAAGCUUCAUGAAUAUGAUAGAUAAAAAACAAUUUGAUCUUUUUCCAAUGAUUGACUAAAGUCUUUGUCAUAAAUAUAUUUUUGCCGCCUUUUUUCACUUUUUAUAAAAUACGAUGAAUCAGGUCAUUGUGUUAAAACAUGUUUUUUAUUGUAGGACUCCACCAUUGGUGAUUUUCAAAUAUUUGAAUUAAAUUGACCAAUCAGGUGCUAGAGCUUUUUUUGACUGAUUUCCGAUAAGUUAUAAAACUUCGAACCGUGUACAUGGAAACAUAAAACUUCGAACCGUGUACAUGGAAACAAAUUUUGACAACAGUUCUAUGAAAGUGAUGAUGUAUCUAUACAUACAUCCAGUACUACAGCAGCAAUGUAUGUUUGUCCGUCUGUCUGUAUGUGAUUCAAUGUCUCUCUAAAAGACUAUAUAUAGUAUCUAGGACUGAAGAUAUUUGAUAUUUUUCUGUAUUUAUAACACUAAUAAUAACAUCAGCAUAUUCCUGAACCCUACAUGUAGGGAGUGAUCAUUGUAAAUAAAAUUGAAAAUUCUCA